AUGCAGGACGAGGGCGGCUGCAAUCCAGCUCAGUUGAUGGCCAUGUCUCUGCCAUUCGUCGGUGCAGCCACCAACCCACAGUCGCCCUCCGAUACCUCUCGCGAGUUUCGGGAAGUGUUUAAGUUCCUCGGUGUGUCUUCGCAAGUCACUUCCGAUCCCGAGAGUUCAGCGGAGGACGUACUGGCUCUGAUUCAGGCGGCCGCCCUGCGUUCCGGUCUCGCCGGUGGAUCCUCGGAUGGAUCAAGUGCGUUGGAUGAGUUGAUCCACCGCUGGCUCAACCAAGUCACCUCCUUCUCUCCACCCCUUCUGCUGGCUGCUGGCAGUCGUGCCAGCGGAGGUGGUGGCAAGGCGCUAGACGAC